UCAUAAACAUGUCAUAGAAUCGAACUCGACCAAAACGAAAUACGCGAAAUUUAUUUAAUUUCAUCAUCCCAAUAACAUUUACCAUAUGUGCAAUUACUCCGCAAGAUCAUAAGAAGUUAUUAAAGUUCCAACUUCAAGAAUGUAUCAAACAUAAUUUGCGUAGAUAGAUAUAAAGAAGAAAUCGCCAGUGCAAAAUCGUAAUGUCCAAAAUAAAGAAAUUAUCAGGCUCUUUCCGCUAUACGCAAUGGGACCCGUGUCUGAUCGUGUCUCAAAUAGUGGCAAUGCAGUUCCUUCUGUACCUUACUUUGUGCCUUUUGAUCGCAGUGAUGCAAGAUUUGACGGGAUCCACACGGACCUUAGACCACAUAUUUCAGUACCAUGAGAUACAUGUAAGAGACUUAGAGGGCCGCUCGGUGAUAAUUGCUUUUGGAAUUAAUGCAGUAAUUGGUGCAUUUCUUCUUUGGAAUGUUGUUGGCAGAACAAAACUGUGCCUUGACUUUAGUUGCACAUUCCACGGUUUACAUUUGCUUGCAUGUUGGAUAUACAACGGAACAUUUCCAACAACAUUCUCAUGGUGGACUUUGAAUGUCGCAUGUGCAGCGGUCACAUGUGUGAUGGGUGAAUUUCUAUGUAUACGAUCAGAAUUGCAAGCGAUACCCCUUGUAGGUAUGGGCUCCAAGGUGGAUUUAUGAAAAACGGCGAUCAAUUGAUACAUGACUUUAAAAAUAGUAGUUCAAAGUGUUGGGAUACUGGUUUUGUACAUGAGUGUAUUAAAAAUUGCUUUUCAAUACAUUCAGUGCUACUGACUAUGUCAGGGAUGGCGAAUCCUUGGCACAAUUUGGACAUGUCACUGAUCACGAUAUUUAUUAUAUACUGUAAAAAAAUGUUAAGUAUAAUAUGAGGAGCGAAUAUUAGUGAUAUCUCUUUGCUAUGAAAUUUUCAUAAUAAUCGGAAAGUCAAAAUUAUUUGAUGGAACUUUGAAAAGGUCUACCCCUGUCUAAUAUAGUGUGAUAGUCUUGUCCAUCUUGAUAGCUCAGAUAUAUUAAAGGGUGUUUCUAAAGAGAUAUGUUUAUCUGUAAGGAAAUUGGAAUGGUACACUUAUGACCAAAAUUUGUCAAGCACUAUCUUAAGAUGCCCUAAAAUUGUAUUGUAAAAACUCAUAAAAAGUAUUAGGACACUAAGGUAUAAGAUAACACCUAUAAGUAUAGUGCAGGGUUACAAAGUAUUGUCAUUAACUUAUAUAAAAACGGUUAAAACACUCACAUAUUAUAUUAUACACUCAUAUGUUUUAACACCUUGGUGUCCCCGCUGCUCGUUUGCCCCCUUCUGUUAUAAAAAAUAUAUAUGUUCAUCUGGGGGGUGGCACCGAGUAGUGACGAGCACCUCGGAGGCCUUUUAUCAGGGUGAGUGGGGCUGGGUUUGCAGAUGUUUGAGUGUUUUAGCCGUUUUUAUGUAAGUUAAGGAUAACGUGUCAUGAAAGUUUGAAUAAUUUAACUAUUUUCAUGUUUAA